UCACUCCUAAAAGCACAUGGCGACGAGCGGUGAGGUGUGGGGCUGAGGCAGAGCAACAGGUGGCCCCCGCCAGCCUGUCUGCCUUGUUCUGUGCAUUCAUCCUUCCUCCUUUUCACUCACGCUAUUCAGAUCGCAUUACAUUGAGGAACACUAGUAAGGACAUGAGGAGCACCAUGGAAGAUACAUCACCCAGACUGACUCCGCCCCCCAAGCCAGCUGUCCUGGAGGUCAGCACUCCCAAGCAUGCUGUGUCAGAAGUGUCACUUAUGUGUGAUAGUCACAGCAGCUUCACUUGGCAGGCACUGCAACAAAAUCCUGGCUCCUCCAACACCUCAAGCCAACCCAAGAGUAACACAAAAAUGGUAAGGAUCACAUCUGGUGGUCAGGAAGUCACCCAAGGUACAACAAGAUGGCCACAGCCACAGCCAACACAGGAGUUCCUUUGCAACAUCCCAAGAGUUGCUCCAUCACAACCUGUAGUGAAGGGCAAAGGUCACUCUAGAUCCAUUGUCACUCCAAGAUCUAUGCCAUCUCACAGAGUUAUCCUGGAAGAGAGGGAGAACAAGGGACUCCAGAACACAGCCUCACCAUCUUAUUCCAAUCAUCCUAUCCAGCUUGCCAGGGAAUACAAUCCUCAGCUGUAUAGUCCUGUCACUCAUUGUACUGCUAAUAGCACUACAGAGGCUCAGGAAGAGCCUCUGCAGACAGACAGCUCUGUAGGGAAAUUAUUGAUUCCCAGCAAGCAGAGGUUUUCCCCAGCCAGCACUGUCUCUCAUCCUUUGAGAAUGCAUCAAGAACCUCUUCUUAUAGUUCCCCCUGCCAGAAUUGUUAGACAUGAUCUUGUAAGUGCUUGUACUAACAUUGUGCCUUCAGUCACUGAGAAUGUUCAGCAGAACAGACCUGCAGAUAUUACCAUAUCUCCUCACAUCCUACCUCAUAGUUCAGACAUGAAAGAUUCUGCUGAGGGUGAUAGCAGCAACAACAUGCUACACACCUUCCCGUCAAGCACAAGCACCAGCACAGCACAGACUAACACAUUCACAUCACCAUAUCCUCCUGUAAGCCUCAACAUCAUUCCCAGGACCACCACCACAGUGCCUUUGACACCACUCACCAAUACCCACAAGAAUGCCAUUCUUAUCAAUGAGUCUUUGCCACAUUUUCAACAAACAAGGCCACCCUCUCAUUACCAAGGUCUCUGUGGAAACAAGGAUUGGUCUUCUCCAGCCUCAUCAUCCGUCCCUGUCCCAUCUACCAGCCCCUACAUCACCCAGGGUCCUGAAUAUCCACAGGGGCAGCCUGGGGGCCAUCCAGAUAACCAUUACUCACCAGUGCUCCCAGCAGUCAGACUUCCUUAUAGUCCAGCAGACCCUGUUGUGUACAGGCUCAUUGAAGACCAGAAACAGCAAAUCUUAAAGCUAACUUUAGACCUCCAGAAGAUUAUGGAAAGACAAGCCAAGCAGGAAAAGGAGGAAGGCAAAGGAACACUAACAACAAACUGCCAGGGAAGAAUGAUGCAAAAGCAAAAUGUUUUACAUCAAGAUGCAGCCACACAGACAGAAGAUACACAACAGCUGGCAGUUCAGACUGUGGCAGUUAAUACUGAUAUAUCCUGGCCAGAGUUGAUUGGUUCAGUCAAGCAUCAGGAGAAGGAGAAAGAGGAGGAGGAUAUACCUGCAUACCCAAGACAUUCAAGGGUACCAGGGCAGGAGGCUUGGCUGAGAGACAUAAGUGAUGGUCAAGAAUCUUUUUCCUUGCACCACCAUCAUAGACAGCCAAGGGACAAUGGUGAGUCAGCCUCAGAGAUGACUCCAAAAGACUCACAAGAGGACAGUGAGUUGCCAAACACCCAAGAGUGGGAUCAAGCUAGGCCAGCACCACUGUCUCCCAUUGCUCCCACCAACAGUGGCUUCACUAGGGUGAAUGCAGGAGAUGGGUGGCAGGAAGCUGUGGUUGGGAUGGACUCUGGUACCCCUUUUGUCCCUUCCUCCAUCCCACCACACACAGGCACCACGUUCUACCACAAUGUUUUGACUAACAUUCAGCAGAUCCUUCACACCAGUCCUGCACAAGGGAAGCAACAGCAACAUCAUGAGCACCACCACCACCACCACCAGCAACGACAUGAUCAGCAUCACCAUCAUCAACCAGUCACAACUUCCUUACAGCAGCAGGGCAUGGCAGCAAGGGACAGCCCAGGGGAGGCCACCACACCAGAUCCCCAGAUAGAGGCAGUGAGACAACAGCUGGUCAGCUUUGGCAUCAGCUUCCUGGACCCUGCCACCCUCACCCCCAGCAGCAGGCCUCUUGUGGAUAGCCUAUACCUCCCAGGUCUUCACAAUGCUGUGUCACUGUUCCAGAGUAGCAUCAGCACACACAUUCAUCAUGCAAGUGAUGCCACAGCUGCUAAAUACCUCACAGACUCACAGCUUGCAGCCAUUGCAGCAGCUUCUCCUGCAAUGAAAAAAGCAAGUAAUGGAAGUACAGACCAACCUGGCUCAGCCCUGCCUCUCUCAGUGCCUCCAAUACACCAACAACACAAUCAACUUUAUAGCCUUGGUGUGGAAGAUGAAAACAGCAAUUGUGUUUCUAUGACUACCAGGAAGUUCCUCAAGAAGUAUGGCCUGCAGGAGGACUGACAGGAUGAUAUGCUGGUUGACUUACUGAUGUGUAGCCAUCAAUUUACUGAGUGUUUGAUUAAAAGAUAUUUUUGUUUGAAUGAUCAGAUAAGUGAAUGGUGUAAGAAAACUGGCUGAUUUACUAAUUAAGUGAUUGUCUUUCAGUGUUUAACUGAUAUAAAGAUUUCCAAUUAACUUAUAAACUAAAUGGUGAAAGGAGGACUUGACUGAUUGAUGAAUUGGUUUACUGGCUCAGAGUUUCCAGCAGACUAGUGUUGAUGCAGAACUAAGUGAGAGGUGUACUCAUAAAUCUAAUCAGUUUACUGACUCACUGAAUUAUUUAUUUCCAACAUUGUUCCAACAUUUAUUUUGCAUCCUAAGUGUCUGUUUCUUUGUCUGGGCCAACCUGUGUGUGACUGUCAGCCAUAUAUAUAUAUAUAUAUAUAUAUAUAUAUAUAUAUAUAUAUAUAUAUAUAUAUAUAUAUAUAUAUAUAUAUAUAUAUAUAUAUAUAUAUAUAUAUAUAUUAUUGAUGGGAUUUCAUUUUCACAUAAGAAGCAUGUUUAUGCUGUCAUGUAUACCAUGGAUUUUGAAAGGGUGUCUAUGCAAAUAACUGUUUCUGAAAUAUGUCACAAGACUAUCAAUCAGUACAAAUAUGAACAUAAAACAAUACUAUAGAAACAUGAUAAGAAAUGUAUUUGAUGUUUUCUUGAGUGUAUUUAAAGUCAUUUUGCCCUGGCAUUCCUUACUGCAGGGAGGAAAGGGAAGUGUGCUAUUUAUUUUUUUCUCUCAAAUGAUUUAAAAGUACAUUACAUUCUGCUGUGCUCUUUAUUCACAAAAAUUCUCGAGUUACUCAUAAUUUUGUGAUAAAAAAGUGAGACAACAAUGCAAUACCUUUUUUAGUGUAAAAUUUACUUGCAACAUGUACCUCUCUACUUGUUUCUGUAAGAAAUACCAUGGCAAUUUUUUGCUUUUAUUGCAUAUUUAAUACACUCAGGUGACAGAUUAAUGGAUAGUCACCCAUUAAGAAAUUUCUAAGCAUAUCUUGAAAAACAAGCACCAGCUUGGGAGGAGUUAGUCACAUGCAGUGCUGCCUGGCUUGUUACUCUGCUAGUCAUUAGGUUCAAGUAAAAUAUUCCAACUCUACUUGCAAGCCUUAAUUCAGCUUUCUUUAUUUUAUGAAGGAAUAAUAUAUUACAUGAAAUGUGUUGAAGAACAUGAGAUGAUCUUAAAA